GCCAGCUCCUCUGCACGUCGUGAUGAUGUCAUUACGUCAGCACCGUGCGGCUCAGUCUACACACAGAGCAGACUGUGGACAGCCAUAGAUGGUGGGGGAAGGAAUCUGUGUCCCUGCAGCGCUUCUAAGAAAUCCGGACGGACACCUCCUGGUACAGACACCAGAACUCGGUGCAUGUGGAAAUCUCCUGUGAGAGCUUUCAACAUUUAGUGCAUCCUGUAUAAACAGGAACUGAUUUCUCCUAAACUGACAGCUGAGAAGGAUUCCCUCUAACAGUAAUAGAAGACAUUGUGGAAAGGGACAUUGUUCUCCGAUCAAGCCAACUACAGACGCCAUUUCUUCUUACACCUCUGGGGGAUUCACAAAAGCUAUUCUCAUUAUCUGGAUAGAAAAACAUUAAACCACUAAUUUGUUUCUCAUCUAAUACAUGAUGAGUCUCACAGGAGAGAAACCACAUCUGUGUUCUGAGUGUGACAGAAGCUUUACAUGUAAAUCAAAGCUUCUUAGACAUCAGAGGACUCACACAGGAGAGAAACCAUUUACAUGUUCUGAGUGUGACAGAAGGUUUACAUGUAAAUCACAUCUUCUCAUACAUCAGAGGAGUCACACAGGAGAGAGACCAUUUAUAUGUUCUGAAUGCAGCAAGUGUUUUUCCCAGAAGGCAGAGCUUGUUAGACAUCUGAGGAUUCACACAGGAGAGAAACCAUUUAAAUGUUCUGAAUGCAGCAAGUGUUUUUCCCAUAAGGCAGAUCUUGUUAUACAUCAGAGGAUUCACACAGGAGAGAAACCAUUUCAAUGUUCUGAAUGCAGCAAGUGUUUUUCCCAGAAGAAACAUCUUGUUAGACAUCAGAGGACUCACACAGGAGAGAAACCAUUUAAAUGUUCUGAAUGCAGCAAGUGUUUUUCCCAGAUGUCAUAUCUUGUUAUACAUCAGAGGAGUCACACAGGAGAGAAACCAUUUAUAUGUUCUGAAUGCAGCAACUGUUUUUCCAAGAAGGCAGAUCUUGUUAUACAUGAGAGGCGUCACACAGGAGAGACACCAUUUAUAUGUUCUGAAUGCAGCAACUGUUUUUCCAAAAAGAGAUAUCUUAUUAAUCAUCAGAGGAUUCACACAGGAGAGAAACCAUUUACAUGUUCUGAAUGCGGCAAGUGUUUUUCCCAUAAGUCAGUGCUUAUUAUACAUGAGAGGCGUCACAGAGGAGAGAAACCAUUUAUAUGUUCUGAAUGCAGCAAGUGUUUUUUCCAGAAGUCAGAUCUUGUUAUACAUGAGAGGAGUCACACAGGAGAGAAACCAUUUACAUGUUCUGAAUGCAGUAAGUGUUUUACUAUGAAGAAAACACUUGUUAAUCACAUGCGGAGUCACUCUGAGGGCCUGAAUGCAGCAAGUGUUUCAUAAGUAAGGGAACAUGUAUCACUACAAUAUGCAAUCAGGGACUCCAGUUUUGAUUUUUGAACGUGGCAAGUGUUUUAUUUAAUUUUUGAUAAAGACAGGAGAGGUCAUGACAUGUGGACUUACAGUAAGCUGGGAACACACUGAGUGAUAUGCAGCUUUGUUCCAUCAGAUCAGACAGCAAAUCACUCAGAAUGGAGCAUAUCGGGCAGUGUGUAUUCCCAAUACGUGCGCUCCCACAGUUGCUAGCGAUAUCGCUAGUGUCCUUGUUUAUGCUAAUGAAGGGCAUAACACAGUUGUUCCGUCCUUCAUAAACAACGCUGCAGUGUGUAUGAGCAAUCUGGACUGACGGGCAUUUGUUCCGAUGUCGUAAUGAAUGCCCAUCAUCCCAGUGUGUACCCAGCUUUAGAGGUAUUUCCCCCUUGGCUCAGUCUCUCUGUUAGCAACCCUCCUAACUUCUAGUAAAGUGAAAUUGGGGUCUGCUGCACUGAAGGUGGGUGCCCAAAAAAGGGUGUAGUGCCUCAUGAAAAACAGAGAAGUUGGUGACACUGCGCUCUCUUAGUGACAACGGUAGCCUAUAUGGGGUAUGCAGCUGGGGGCGUGGCUGUAUUACAUCAGCCCUCCUUUAGUGACAAGAACAAGAAAAAAUUGCUUCCUGCGCUUAUCCCGAAAUAAGAAAGAAUAAAGAGACUGAAUAAUACAAAUGAAA